AUGGGCGCCCAACAGUCGUCUCAUAGAGACCCCGCGGGAAACGACGCCAGCGCUGCUCCUAAGAAAACAGACUACUAUGAAUUAUUAGGACUGGACCAUCAAGCUAGCGAUGACGAAAUCAAGAAGGCGUACAGAAGAAAGGCUCUAGAGCUACACCCCGACAGGAAUUACGGCGACGUCGAGAACGCUACGCAAAAAUUCGCUGAGGUUCAAGCCGCCUACGAAGUUCUAUCUGAUCCCCAAGAGCGAGCGUGGUACGAUUCUCAUCGCGAUGCCAUCCUUCGCGGAGAUGACCCUGGCGAGACCGAAGCGAGUCCCGAAUACCACAACGUUCGCAUAACUACCGCCGACGAGAUUUUCAAUUUGAUUGGUCGUUUCAACAAGAAUGUCCCCUUAGACGACUCCCCGAACAGCUUUUUUAGUGUCUUGCGAGAGACUUUCGAAAGGAUAGCUCAGGCAGAAGACGCAGCCGCCGACUGGGAUGGAUUUACUCCCGUCGAAUAUCCUCCUUUCGGCGAGUCCAAAGACGGCGAUAGCGUAGCCAAGGCAUUCUAUGGCAGGUGGUCCAACUUUUCCACCAAGCUAAGCUUUACCUGGAAGAAUAAAUGGCGACUCUCUGAUGCUCCAGACCGAAGAGUUCGCCGCCUUAUGGAGAAGGAGAACAAGAAGUUUCGAGAGGACGCUGCUCGGGAAUUCAACGACGCGGUGCGGUCUCUAGUUGCGUUCGUUCGCAAACGAGACCCCCGCUACGUAGCGAAUACGCAAUCCGAAGCCGAUAGGCAGAAGAUAUUACGGGACUCAGCCGCAGCACAAGCUGCCAGGUCGAGAGCUGCAAACCAGGAGAAAAUGAACGACCCAUUUGCCGUUCCCGAAUGGGCGCAAUCUCGGGACGAUGCAUUACACGAGGGGAGCUUCUCUGAGACCGAUGAGGAGUCCGAAGUCGAACACAUAGAAUGCGUGGUGUGCAACAAGAUAUUCAAGAGCGAAAAACAGUACGAAGCCCACGAGAAGAGCAAAAAGCACGUGAAGGCCGUACAGCAAUUACAACGGCAUAUGAAAAAGGAGAACGCGGAUCUAAAUCUAAACCUUAAAAUUCCCACGUCAAAUUCAGAAAUUCCAGUGAUAGACAGCGAUCACAUAGACGAAGAUAUAGACGCUCAUGAGAGUAACACCUCUGAUGCACCCCAUAUAGAAGAACAGGCCAAGGCACCGUCUAAAACCAACACCGAACUCACGAGCUCAAGAGUAGACUCGGAAAACGAGAGCGAAGACGACGAGUAUGCCUCGAGAGGCGCUGUAGAAGCACGCCUCGUAUCAGGAAACCCGACCGCCUUAAACCCCUUACAAGGCAGCGAAGAUCCAGUUGAUGACAUCACAAAAGAAACAGAAGAUAUAUCGCUUCGAAGCAGCGAGCCUACCAAGAAGCUAGGCAAGGCCAAAGCUAAACGAGAAAAGAAGGCUGCGCGCCAAGCUACUUCAGAGCAACAGGACGAUUCUAAAUGCGUGGCCUGUAAUACCCAAUUCGAUUCCAGGACCAAGCUCUUCAAACACUUGAAGGAAACAGGUCACGCGGCACCCAAGACAGCUGCGACUAAGCCCAGCAAAAAGCGACGGUAG